AGUUAUAGGUUUUUUUUUCCUCUUUCGCACUCUCUCUCGCUGCAUUAUUGCAGCAGCAGGCAGCAGCCCCUCUUGUUGUCGACUUGUUUCCAUUAUCUCUCGCAAAAGAAAAUCCAUCUUCUCUCUUUCUGACUUGUCCAUUUUUGUAUAUUUCGUUUUUUUCUUUUGCGGUUUCUUCUACUGACUACUGGUUGGUGCAUGGAUUUGUGAUUGAUAAGAAGAAAAAAACAAACACAAUCUUUAAAUGGACUGGAACUUCAAACUCAGCUCCGGUUCUUUACCCCAUUUCGAUCAAGAAUCUGUACCGGAUUUAACUCCAAUAGAUGGGUCAUCAUCAUCACCAAGAUUGGAGCCAAAAGGAGAGUUCUCAUUUGAUCUAAAACUAGGUAGGAACAUCGGAAACUCCUCCUCUGCUUUUGGUAAUACAGAACAAGUGACAUGUCUAAGUAAGUGGAAAGAGACUACUGCCUUUCCCAAACCAGAAGCUUCAAGAAACUCUGGUUCGUCCAAAAGGACAAGAGGGAAUGCUACUGAAAACAACCAGAUCCCGUUUUGUCUUGUUGAUGGAUGUGAUUCUGAUUUUAGUAACUCUAGAGAGUAUCAUAAAAGACAUAAGGUCUGUGAUGUCCAUUCUAAAACUCCUGUGGUUACAAUCAGUGGUCAUAAACAGAGGUUUUGUCAACAGUGCAGCAGGUUUCAUGCUUUGGAAGAGUUUGAUGACGGGAAGAGAAGUUGUAGGAAACGUCUUGAUGGACACAAUCGUAGAAGACGGAAGCCUCAGACCGACCACAUCGCUCCUCCUGCACACUUCUUCCAAGGUAGCAAAUUGGUGGAGUUUCGUGGCGCUUCACAUGUGUUUCCAACUACAUCUGUUGCGACCUCGAGCUGGGGAAACGGUCUUGUGAGCGAAGCUAUGGCCAAUGGUUCGAGUUACGGGCAGAACCAGAGCUAUGCUGGUUCUUCUCCUGCAAAGACCGGCAUUAUGUUCCCAGACUCUUCUUCUCUAAAUAGCAGAGGGAAACAGUUCUCUUCCUUGCAAGAAGAAGAGAGCUCGAGAACAGCAUCCUUGUGUGAGAGAAUGACGAGUUGCAGGCAUGACUCUGAUUUUGCUCUCUCUCUUCUGUCAUCAUCUUCCUCGUCAAUACCACUUUCUUUGUCCCAAGAAGCAGUAGAUACGGUUUUUUACAGGCCCGCAUUGUUUGAGAAUGCAAGUGCAGUCUCUGAUGGGUCAGUUACAUCCGGUAAUGAGGUUGUGGCUCUUCCACAAAUGUUUCCGUUUCACUGGGAGUAGUAGUAGAUAGAUUGAACCAGAGAGAUGUGUGUAAGGGUCUCUUUCUCUAUUUUCUUCUCUUCCUCUCUAAUUUCUCAUGUUCUUCAUCUUGUUAAAUGCUGAACUGUUGGUGUAUAAUGACAGUCAAUUAGUUGA